UUUAACGUGCAAUCUUUCUGGGAGGGGAAGCUCUGUUUGCAAAUGAGUUCUCUAGUGCUUCAUCCUGUUCUUCUGUGCUUGUGCCGUGGCUCACGGGGAUGAGACGUCUCUUCUAGAAACCAUUCCCUUCAAGAAAUGGUUGCAAACUGAGCCUGGACUCUUGGAAACCCUCUGUAUACAGUUGGACAUUUGAGGAAGUUUCACAUUAGUGUCAGAAUGGCUGACUACAACACCGAACCACAGGCGCCUAGCAAACUCAGCCAAGUUCAGGAUCAAGUCAAUGAUGUUAAAGGCAUUCUCGAAGACAACCUCAACCAAAUCCUGAAGAGAGGAGAUCGGUUAGACGACCUGAUCGUGAUAACGGAUGACCUGCAGGUCACGGCGGACUCGUUUCAAAAGACGUCCACGCGUGUUGCCAGAAAGAUGUGGUGGAGAAACACCAAGAUGAUGAUUAUAAUUGGAGUGGUUGUGCUUGCCAUCAUCAUUUUAAUCAUCCUGCUAGCAACACAAGUCAUUCCCUCCUAAUACAACCCAGACAUCCUUGCAGUCAUCUGUAUUCACUAGAAUGAAUGACCUCUUUUACUUUGAAAGUAGCUGGACACAUUUAUGUAAAGAUAAAUUGCUAUUUUUGUUAUUAAUAUUGACAUUUCUUGUGAUAUUCUAUAUAGAUCUGGGGAGAAUAUGUCAGGGGUAUGUGUGUGAGUGUGUAUAUAUAUGCAUGUAACACUUGCACAACAUUCACAUGCACAAACAAUGAACAAUACAUUUAUUACAGUGUGUAUUCAUCUAUGUUGAUGUUAGUUAAUGAGAAUACAGUUAUUCAUCGUUAGUUCUUGUUAAUUCUCAGUGCAUUAUCCAAUGUUAAAAAAACACAACUUUAGGUUUGAAGAACGCAUCAGUAAAUGUUGAAAGAUGAAGAAUGAUAAAUGUUGUGGAAGUGUUGUUCAUUCUUAGUUAAUGUUAUCUAAUCAACCUUAUUGUAAAGUGUUACGCAUAUGCAUUAUGUGUUUUUUCCUUGUUAGGGUGUUAUCCUUAUAUAAAGGGACAGAAAACAGCACGAUUCAUUACAACUGAAAAAUGUUGCAGGAUUUUUUUUUUGGUAUUGUUUCCUUUUGAGACUAUAAUCCCGGUGUUUGACCCAAGUAACACUAAAUAUAACAUCAUUUUUAAGGACAAAGACUUUAUGUAUAAUGCAUUAUAAAUGUAUUCAUAAUGUGCAUUGUAAUGCAUUAUAUCUUUUCAUAAAUAACGGUGUUAAAAUGCAUUAUGUGAAAAUAGUUUGUUGUCUUUCAAUGCAUUACACUUUCUGAAGAUGUAACAAUAGAGAAGUAUUAAAACCGUGGUUUUAAUUCUUCAUGAGAUGCCUCAAAGUGCAUUACAAGUUAUUAAAACUACUUUUAUUGUGCAUUAUAAUGACUUGCAAAAAUAAUUUCUAA